AAGUUACUUUUGGAUAGAUUUACUAUUGAGACAGAUAAAGGUAAAUAGUGCCUCGAAAGAAAAUACAAAGAAUAAGGCAAUGUUGUUAUAUAAUAAUGCAUCAGUAACGAUGUAUGUAAUCUGAUGAGUAUUACAAACAGAAUGACGUGGUGAGGUAAAUGUGUGUGUGUAUGUGUAGGGGGAGGAAAGACGGAGGCGCACAAGACGAUUUAUUUUCGAGCUUGUCUUUCAACAAAUUCAAUGUGACAGGUGCUAGAAGACGUUUAUAAUUUCUUAAAGAAUACAUCACACAUGAAUUAAUUUUGACAUAAUUAUGUCAAAAUUAAGUCCUAAAGUUUGAGAAGAAUGAGUAGAACAAGAGAACAAGCAGGCCCGUCUAAAUCAUCGGGAUCCGCAGGUUCUGCAGAGGAGAAAGAAAAGGAUGACAGAAUGUUCGAAUGCAAUAUUUGUUUGGACACUGCAAAGGAUGCGGUAGUCAGUAUGUGCGGUCAUCUCUUUUGUUGGCCAUGUUUGCAUCAAUGGUUGGAAACCAGACCCACCAGGCAGGUCUGUCCAGUAUGCAAAGCUGCCAUAAGUAAAGACAAAGUCAUUCCAUUAUACGGACGUGGUGCUACAAAGCAUGAGGAUCCGAGGAACAACGUACCACCACGUCCAGCUGGUCAAAGAUCAGAGCCGGAAGCUAAUGUCGGCUUUAGCGGCUUCGGUUUCGGCGAUGGUUCCUACAUGUCCUUCGGCAUCGGCACUUUUCCGUUUGCUUUUUUUACGUCAACUUUUAAUUUUGGAGAAGCACGACCAAGUGCAGCUCCCAGAGGCACACCACAAUAUGAAGAAGAGCAGUUUUUAUCUAAAGUUUUUUUAUGGUUAGCAGUAAUAUUCAUCUGCUGGCUGCUGAUGGCAUAACAUUGCUCCUAAAUUUGAAGACACUCAUCUGCUCGAUAACUU